GUCCACGGACUUUUGAUAUUUCCUUUAUCCUCACCUGGACCUGUCAGGUAAAACUUUGUAGGAGUCAAUCUAGGAAUCGAUUCCUUCAGAAAGAUUCAAGUACGCAAGAUUCACGCUUUGGUCCUUGUCGUAACUUGCAGCUCACACUUAAAGAACAACAGUUGACCAAAAAACCACCUAUUCGGACCAUUUUCCAGCACCAUGAGUGGUCAACCACGUAGGAUUCGUCUGAAGCCGUGGCUGCUGGCACAGAUUAACAGCGGGAAAUACCCAGGGUUACAUUGGCUCAAUCAAGAGCGCAGGUUGUUCCGGAUCCCGUGGAGACAUGCCACCCGUCAUAUGCCAACGCUGGAAGAGGAAAACACUAUUUUUAAGGCUUGGGCUCUGGAGACGGGUAAAUACCAAGAAGGGGUGGAUGAGCCAGAUCCAGCCAAAUGGAAGGCCAACCUCCGCUGUGCCCUUAACAAAAGCCGAGAGUUCAGGCUUCACUACGAUGGCACUAAAGACACCCCAGUCCAGCCUUAUAAAAUCUACGAGGUGUGCGACCAGUCAAUCAAUGGAGAUGCAGGAGAGGAUGAAGAAGAGGAACUGACAAAUUUUGUCAAUCUCACCAUUGACCCUAGAGCUGGCGAACCUCCCAGCUACCCUGCGUACCCUCCCAGAGUCGACGUACCUUUCACUUCUAUCGGCGAGGGCUUUAUUCCCACCCACCAUAACCGUCCAAUCAACCUCUUAGAUGUUGUCCAUAAUAACCCCAACGGAGCUCCUCCUAUGGCGUCACAUCUUGCCCAACCUCCUGAAUUUCCCAGUCAUCCGAUCAAAGUGGAGCAAGGGACGUACGGCGGAGGACUCGGGAACGAUCUUGUAAUGGGUUCUGCGGGCAUCCCGCCACCUGUCCUUCAAGAUGUAGUCACUCAUCCUGUGGACACCCCGAUGCAAGAGGUCCCAGCCCAAGUUGAAAACCAGGUCAAUCCGUGCAUCGCUGAGCUGCUGAGCAGUCCUCACAUGCUGCCCUUAACGGAUCUUGACAUCAAGUUUCAAUACAGGGGCCGAACAGCCGGUUCCCUGACCGUCAGUAACCCCCAAGGUUGUAGACUUUACUACGGUAACCUGGCACCCACACCGGAGCAAGUGGAGCUGUUCGGUCCGGUCACGCUGCAUCAGGUGCUGUUUCCCGGAACCGCGGAGAUCCAGAACGAGAAGCAGAGGUUUUACACCGAUCAUCUGCUGGAUGUGAUGGAUCGAGGGCUGAUUCUGGAGAUCAGGGGACAGGAUAUUUACGCCAUCAGGUUAUGUCAGUGUAAAGUGUACUGGUCCGGGCCAGGCGUGCUGGAGCAGGGUCCGCCCAAUCCCAUCGAACGGGAGAAGAAGAUCAGGGUGUUCAGCCUUAACAACUUCCUCCAAGGUCUCAUUCUGUAUCAAAAAGGGGAGACGCCCACUCCUCCUCCUUUUGAGAUCUUCUUCUGCUUUGGCGAGGACUGGCCAGAUAGGAAACCAAAAGAGAAGAAGCUCAUCGUUGUCCAGGUCGUUCCCGUAGUCGCAAGAAUCCUUACCGAGAUGUUCUCAGGCGAGCUCUCCUGGUCUACAGACAGCAUUCGGUUGCAGAUCUCCAAUCCUGACUUGAAAGACCAGACGGUGGAGCAAUUCAAAGAGCUCCACAGACUGUUGCAAAGCCAAAACGCUCAACACACCUGGCCACAAAACAUCCACUAACUGGGACUUCACCUAGAAAUCACCAUUACUCAUCGCUUCUCUACUGAAAGAGGAACACGUUUUGGCAUUUUUCCACGAGCGUUAUGCAGCGCUGAACACUGAGCUAAGAGUUGGAGGUCCUUUGAACACUGGAGUAUAUAUAUAGGUGACCGAACGUCUGCCUUGCUAGAAACACAGCCAAAAGCAUUUCUAGUGGAGAUAAUUUCCCCCCAUGAAUUUGUUGUUUUUAUUGUCAAGUGUUUAAUGUUAUAUUUCAAUAAAUACCAUUGCAGUAUUUUAAA